UCCCCAAGCAGGCAAGAGUUUCAGAGGCAGACCAAAAAACAUAACAAAAAAGAGGUACAGUACUUGUGACCUGAGCUCAAAAUGAGAGUUCCUGUAAAACUCCUCACCUUUAGCUUCUGGUUGUUUUUCUUAAAUUGUUCCCAAUGUCAAGAAUGUCUUCCAGAGGACAUUAAAUAUGAAAACACAGAGCUAGCUGCGAAAGCUUCAUACGCUGAUGGUGAAACAGUGAGAGUGAACUGCAUAAAAGGUUAUAUCGGCUUGUAUAAAAUAAAGUGUGAAAAAGGAGAAUGGAAGACAUCCAUUGAGCGACCGUGUGCAAAGAAGAAAUGUAGUAAUCCAGGCGACAUAGCAAAUGGUGAUUUUAAACUUACAGAGGGGAAGGAGUUUGCUUUUGGAGCAACAGUGGUGUAUACUUGUAAGAACGGAUAUGAAAUGACAAGCAGAAUCAAUCAUCGUACCUGCACAGCUCAAGGAUGGGACAAUACUCUUCCUGUUUGUGAGGCUAUAAAAUGUCCAGCUAUUCGCACAGACGGGGAUGUAACAGCAUCAGGCAACACAGAGAAGGGACGUUAUGGUGAUGUUAUUCACUUUGAGUGUGUAUCUUCUGACAAAAAGAUAGACGGAAGUAGUGACAUUCACUGCAAAGAGAGUGGAGAAUGGAGUGACGUUGUUCCAACAUGCAAAGAAAACAUUUGUGCACCACCUUACAUCCCAAAUGCAGAGAUCGUGGGAGGUCAGAGACCAAAGUACACAAUCAAUUCAGGAAUAGAAUAUAAAUGUAGUCCUGGAUUUGAACCAGAGCAGCCUGUACAAAUCACCUGUGAUUCCCAGGGCCAGUGGACAGAAAUACAGCAAUGCACUGCAAUGUGUGCAGCACCUUACAUCCCAAAUGCAGAGAUUGUAGGAGGUCAGAGACCAAACUACAAAAUCAAUUCAAUAAUACAAUAUAAAUGUAGUCCUGGAUUUGAACCAGAGCAGCCUGUACAAAUCACCUGUGAUUCCCAACGCCAGUGGACAGAAAUACAGCAAUGCACUGCAAUGUGUGCACCACCUUACAUCCCAAAUGCAGAGAUUGUGGGAGGUCAGAGACCAAGCUACAGAAUCAAUUCAGUAAUACAAUAUAAAUGUAGUCCUGGAUUUGAACCAAAGGAGCCUUUACAAAUCUCCUGUGAUUUCCAACCCCAGUGGAUAGACAUACAGACCUGCACUGCAAUGUGUGCACCACCUUACAUCCCAAAUGCAGAGAUUGUGGGAGGUCAGAGACCAAGCUACAGAAUCAAUUCUGUGCUCGAUAUAAAUUGUUCCCCUGGAUUUAAACCUGAGCAGCCUGUACAAAUCACCUGUGAUUCCCAACAACAAUGGACAGAAAUACAUCAAUGCACUGAUAAGUGA